UCCUGGAGAUCAAUAAAAGAAACACUUCUGUGUGAAUGCGCUCACACCCCCAUCCCCCGACACACAGAAUCAUGGAGAGAGAGAGAGAGAGACAGAAAAAGCCCUCUUUCACACACACACAUACACACACGCACCCACGCUCGCGCACUCGCACACAUCUUCUGUUGAAGCGCUCAGAAGCGCGAAGCCACUGACAAAGUGCGGAUGAAAAUGAGUGGGACACUCGUGUUAGAGUAAACGCGUGUUGUUGAGUUCGACUCUAAACUCUGAACUGAUCACCAUGGGAGCUGUUUGGACUGUACGGCUCCUCUGUUUGUUUUUGCUCUUGUUAAACACUCGCCAAAGCGCCGCACUUCCUCACAACACUGAUCAAUGUGCAGAGGGAAGUGAUGCCUGUCACAUUGAUGCUAUUUGUCAAAAUACCCCAACUUCAUACAAGUGCACUUGCAAAACAGGCUUUAAAGGGGACGGAAAACACUGUGAAGACAUUGAUGAAUGUGAUGUGGAAUACAAUGGUGGCUGUGUACACGAAUGUAACAACAUACCUGGCAAUUACCGCUGUACUUGCCUUGAUGGGUUUCAUUUGGCACAUGAUGGGCACAACUGUCUCGAUGUGGACGAAUGUGUCUUCAACAAUGGCGGCUGUCAGCAUGUAUGUGUCAACACCAUGGGAAGCUAUGAGUGUCGCUGCAAGCAAGGCUUUUUCCUGAGUGACAAUCAGCACACAUGCAUCCAUCGCUCCGUGGAAGGCCUGAGCUGCAUGAAUAAAGAGCAUGGCUGUGGUCAUAUCUGUAAGGAGAGUCCAAAAGGUGGCGUGGCCUGUGAGUGCCGGCCGGGCUUCGAACUGGCCAAGAACCAGCGGGGCUGCAUCUUGACCUGCAACCAUGGUAAUGGGGGCUGCCAGCACAUCUGUGAGGAUACCGAGCAGGGGCCAAUCUGCAGAUGCCACGUCAGGUACAUGCUGCACGCAGAUGGCAGAACCUGUGUAGAAAGGGAUGAAAUGGCCCCCACCGCCCCAGAUCACAAUGCCACGUCUUUAGCAGAGGUAGACAAACGAGUCAAGCGGCGACUGCUUAUGGAGACGUGUGCGGUGAAUAAUGGAGGCUGUGACAGCACUUGUAAGGACACAUCCACUGGUGUUCGCUGCAGCUGCCCGGUGGGAUUUACUCUGCAGCCUGAUGGCAAAUCCUGCAAAGACAUAGAUGAGUGUGAGCUCCACAAUGGCGGCUGUGACCACUACUGCAGGAACACCAUUGGCAGCUUCGAAUGUAGCUGUCGGAAAGGCUUCAAGCUGCUGACGGACGAGCGUUCAUGCCAGGAUAUUGAUGAGUGCUUUUUUGAGAGGACGUGUGACCACACUUGCGUAAACUCACCUGGCAGCUUCCAGUGUGUUUGCAACAAGGGCUACACUCUCUACGGACUUGCUCAUUGUGGAGACAUAAACGAAUGCAGCUUCAACAAUGGAGGAUGUGAGCACACCUGCGAGAACACCAUGGGAAGCUUUGGGUGCCACUGCCGGACUGGUUAUAAGCUGCACUGGAACAAGAAAGACUGUAUCGAGGCAGAGGACUCUCCACUAGUGCCACCUCCUGCCAGGCCCACUCUCAACUGCAAUAAGCAGGGAGGAGGCGAGCUCUGCUACCUAACCUGCCAGUCACAGGUCCACAUCAGCAGCGGAGCUGAGGAUUCAUACACAGUGACCUGUGGCAUGCCGCUGCCGUGCCACACAGGAGGACAGUGGAAUGGAUCAUAUUGCCCAGGUUCGGGAAUCAAAACCAUUGCCACAUUUAAAUCUGGACAGGGGAAGUGCAAUCUAAAGCGGAGUCAUGAAAAUCUUGCACAUAGCUUCAAAACUGCCCUGUCAGAUAAAAGAGCCACCGAGAAUGUCCAGUUCAGCUUUGUUAGCCUGCACUGUGCCUCUUCAAGCAGACAGCAACGUAGCCGGCACGGGCGGAAGGCUGGCGAGGAGGAAGGCUCCUUCAUUACUGCCCAGUUUGAGCUGGAUGUGAACCUGGAGGAGGUAACAGAGGGCUGUGACCUGACUUGUGUUCGGCGGCGCUCUGAGAAGCGGCUUAGGAAGACCAUCCGUACUCUUCGCAAGUCCAUUAACCGAGAGCAGUUUCAUCUACACUUUGCUGGAUCAGAGUAUGAACUGGCUAAGAAACUCGUCCGACCCGCUGACACACCAGAUCAUUGCGGCACUGGACAAAUUCUGCUGGAUAAAAAAUGUGUCAAAUGCAGCGUUGGCACAUACUACGAUGGAGAGCAGGGGAGGUGCUUUCUUUGCCCCCCUGGGACAUACCAAGAUGAAGAGGGGCAGGUGUCGUGUGACGUGUGCCCAGGACCCGAGGGCAGGGGAAUCCCGAGAACCGCAGGAGCACGCAACAUCUCAGAGUGUGCAGGUCAGUGUCGUCCCGGUCAGUUCUCCCAUGAUGGUUUUGUGCCCUGUCUGCCCUGCCCACAAGGCACCUACCAGCCUGAGGUCGGCCGCACAUCCUGUUUCACAUGCGGAGGAAGCCUCACAACCAAAUAUGAUGGUUCGGUGUCUUUCCAGAACUGUGAGACUAAAGUUCAGUGCUCCCCUGGGCAUUACUACAAUACCAGCACCCAUCGUUGUAUCCGUUGCCCAGUUGGAACUUAUCAGAUGGAGUUUGGCCAAAACUACUGCAUUGCCUGUCCUGGAAACACUACCACUGAUUUUGAUGGAUCCACAAACAUAAUGCAGUGCAAAAACAGACACUGUGGAGGAGAGCUGGGAGAAUUCACUGGCUACAUCGAAUCCCCUAACUACCCUGGCAACUACCCUGCCAACAUCGAGUGCACCUGGACCAUCACCCCCCCACCCAAACGCAGGAUCCUAGUGGUGGUGCCUGAGAUCUACCUGCCCAUUGAGGACGAGUGCGGGGACUAUUUAGUGAUGCGGAAGAGCUCUCUGCCCAAUUCAGUGACGACUUACGAGACGUGCCAGACGUACGAGCGGCCCAUCGCCUUCACCUCCCGCUCCAAGAAACUCUGGAUCCAGUUCCGCUCCAAUGAAGGAAACAGUGGAAAAGGCUUUCAAGUGCCUUACGUGACGUAUGACGAGGACUACCAGGAGCUCAUUGAGGACAUAGUUAGGGAUGGAAGAUUAUACGCCUCUGAGAAUCAUCAGGAAAUUCUUAAGGACAAAAAGCUAAUGAGGGCCCUGUUUGAUGUUCUGGCUCACCCACAGAAUUUCUUCAACUACACGGCACAAGAGUCCAGAGAAAUGUUUCCCAAAUCUUUUAUCAGAUUCCUCCGCUCCAAAGUUCUAAGAUUCCUGCGCCCCUGAAUUUUGUCAAAUAAUCUUUUAUGGAAUGGGUAUUUGGCUCUCCAGCUAAAUUUUAAAUGACUGGAACAGAUAUUGUUGAGCGUUCUUGUCUGCAUACUCGCAGAUUCAAGACAACUUCUGGGACCUGACGAGAUGAGAAACUGUCCUGAAUUUAUGUCAUUGGAACUUUUUCUUCUGGAGAAAAUGAACUGUUUUUUUUACAGUGAAUGAUUGCUGACCUUCUAAAAAGAACAGCCACCUUUAAAGAAAAAGAUUCUUCUUGUUUCAUUCAUUUAUUGGCCAGAAGUGACUGAGUAUCAAAAACAUGCUAAUUACAGCUGGAAAAAAAGAGCAACUACAUUGCUUGUUAUAUAUAUAUAUAUAUAUAUUAUUGGUCACUUCAUAAAAAUGUGUGAAAAGUAUGUUGACCUAAUUAUUAUAAAACUUCACAGCACUACUGAGGACGUAGUGGAAGUUAAAGCAGUUAAAGUCAUUUUGGCAAGUUUGAAUGUGUUGUACAUUGUGUAAAAAAAGUUAGCAUAAGCUCUCAUGUUACUAUUUUGUGUUGCUUUUUACUAUAUUGUAGCCUUUUUAUACAUGACAUAUGUGUAUUAUAUUCAGUAAUACUGGUUAGAGAUUAUGGUCAUUUGAUAUAUCGGUUAUCAUUUACUUAUCAUUCACUUUGUCCAUUCCCCAAACAUUUUUUAUUAUUAAGAGGCUCUUGAUGUAGGAUUGUUUACCCAUUAUUGACAUGCAGAGUAAAUUAAAUGUUUAUAUUUUUAUGGCUGUACAUCUAACAUGUAAAUAAAGAAAUACAAUUGAA